AUGGAUGUGUGUGGUGAUGUGUGUGUCGUCCUGGGCUGGUUGGUACUGAUCCUGACUGGCCACCAGCUGACUGAGGGAACCGGUCUGCAGCUUCCAGGGGACUACUCCAUCUCUGGUCUCUUUCCCCUACACAAGUUGGCCCCCUCCAGCUCCAACCUACCAGACCUGGGAGCUUGUAAAGAAGGCAAAUGUAAUAAACAUGGCUAUCAUUUGAUACAAGCCAUGAGAUUCGCUUUGGAGGAGAUCAACAACGGUACCAAAAACCAGCAUCUUCUCCCAGGGGUAUCACUGGGUUACCAGGCGUAUGACACCUGCAAUCAACCAGCCAGUGUGCUGGCCACCCUGGCCAUGCUGGCCCAACAGUACCAGAGAACUUUAGGGAACAACACAGGUGGUGACCAGAGGGCAGUGGCAGUGAUCGGGCCUGAUAGUAGCAGUUACACCUUCACCCCUGCUGCAGUGCUGGGCUCUUAUCUAGUGCCACAGAUCUCCUAUGAAGCCUCUAAUGAGAUGCUGAGUAACAAGCUCCUCUACCCAGCCUUCUUCCGCACCAUCCCCAGUGACAAGAACCAGGUGGACGCCAUGGUCCAGCUGCUGGUGCGUUUUAACUGGACCUGGAUCGUUCUACUGGGCAGCGACGACUCCUACGGCCUCCAGGGCAUAGAGAGUCUCUCCCUUCAGGCUGCUCACUUUGACAUCUGCAUCGCCUACCAAGGGGUCAUCCCCGAACUCACCUCCGCCAACAACCAGACCAUGAGGAACAUAGUCAAGAACAUUUUGAAGACCAAGGUCAACACUAUUGUCGUGUUCUCCAGCAAGACCAAAGUCAGUCAGUUCUUCCCGUUUGUCAUAGAGCAGGGUGUAACUGGUAAGGUGUGGAUAGGGACAGAGGACUGGUCAGUCACCACUCUAGUGUCGGGAAUACCAGGUAUUCACACCAUUGGGACUGUACUAGGCAUCUCCAUCAAAUACACAGCAAUAACUGGGUUUGAGGAGUUCAAAAGCCAUGCUGUUCCAAAGUUACUUAGUGGCACCUCCAAUGGCACGAUGGACCUGAGUGUUGAAUGUUUGCAAAAUACGGACCUCUCCAGCAUGGCAGCAGAAAACUUCUCUUUGGGGGACUAUGACAUCAAAUCCUCUUAUAAUGUUUACAAAGCUGUAUAUGCUGUGGCACAUGCACUGCAUCAAGCACUUGAUUGUGGCUUGGAUGAAUGCCAAAAGUCUGAAGUGCUACCUUGGCAGCUUCUGCCACUGUUAAAGCAGGUGAGAUUCUCUGUUGGGAACUCGUCUAUUUACUUUAAUGAGAACGGAGACCCGCCCACAGAAUAUGACAUCGUGAACUGGAUUUGGAGGGGAACAGAGUGGUCUCUCCGUGAGGUGGGCUCUUAUACUGCAGACCCCACUGACCUCACAGUGGACCCUGCUCAAAUUGAAUGGGGUAGUGACGACGGAUACACAGGAAAAGAGGUGCCUCCGUCGAUAUGCUCCCCAGAAUGCCCCAAAGGACACAGGAAGCUGCAGACGGGACAACACAAGUGCUGCUUCGACUGCCUGGCCUGUGCUGCUCACAACUUCCUCAACAAGACUGGAUCCACCCGGUGCCAGAAGUGUGAGCUUUACCAGUGGUCCCCAGCGGAGAGCGAGGUGUGUCUGGAUCGGACGGUCCUAGUGCUGGCCUGGGGCGGUCCCCUGUCUAUCGCCCUGCUACUCCUCCUGGCUCUGACCUUGCUCAUAACCCUGGGGACAGGGGUCAUCUUCCUCCUCAACCUGGGCACCCCUGUGGUCAAGUCGGCCGGCGGGCACACCUGCCUGGUGAUGCUUCUAGCCCUAACCGCCGCGGCUGCCAGUGCCCUGUGUCACUUUGGCCUCCCGUCUCAGACUGACUGCCUUCUCAAGCAGCCUCUCUUCGUCUUCAGCUUCACCGUGUGUCUGGCUUGUGUCACCGUGCGUUCCUUCCAGGUAGUGUGCAUCUUUAAGCUGUCCUCCAAGCUUCCUCGGGCCUAUGAUACCUGGGCUAAGAACCAUGGGCCUGAAGUCACCGUCCUCGUUGUUUCCAUGACAGUUUUGUUGAUCUCUGUGCUCCGUGUUACUUUAAACCCCCCGUACCCCUCCCAGGACGUGGACUUCUACUCCGACAGCAUUGUCACGGAGUGUAGUAACACCCUCUCCUCUUGGGCCAUGAUAGAGCUAGCCUAUGUCUCUCUGCUCAGCACGCUCUGCUUCUCCUUCAGUUACAUGGGAAAAGACCUGCCAGCCAACUACAACGAGGCCAAGUGUAUGACCUUUAGUCUCAUGAUAUACAUGAUCUCCUGGAUCAGCUUCUUCACCAUAUAUUUUGUCAGCAGGGGGGAAUUUGCCAUGGCCAUGCAUGUGCUGGCCAUAGUGUCCAGUGUGCUCGGUAUACUCGGUGGCUACUUCAUGCCCAAGGUUUACAUCAUGGUGCUGAGGCCACAAAUGAACACAACGGCCCAUUUCCAAAACUGUAUUCAGAUUUAUACCAUGAACAAAGACUGAAAGAUAUGUUUUCAUCGUAGAAUUUGCGUUUUGCAUUUCUGGAUACCAAUCCAUUGUAUGGCUUUAAAAAUGACAUAGUAAUUGUUGCUCUGCUCUUAGCUGGUAGAAAAUACAUGUUGCCCUUGCACAUUUAAGUGUAUGUAUAACUUUCUCUAACAUGGUUGUCAUGUAGCUUUGAUAGCUUUUUAAAGCACUUAUUUUUAAGUGUGUGUUUUUACUGGGGGGAAUUGAGAAAACCAAAGCUAACCUUCUUUAGCUGCAGCUGGUGUUGUGGUCUUUCUUCAGUGUCUGUGUGUGACAUGUCUGGUCUCCAAAAUGUGGAAAAAGUUAAGGGGUCUGAAUACUUUCCGAAGGCACUAGAGAGGUGCCUUGCCUUCUGUUGGUGUGAGUGCCCGCCUGUCUGUGUGCCCUCUCACUUGGUCACUGCGGUGGCAGGAUUCAGGAGCUGGUACAGAUCAUUUAAACCCAUACAGAUGCCUACAGAUGUAGGAUCUUAAUGUGAGCCCAUUUGCUACAGCAGGAAAAUAAUCCUGCAGCCAAAGGAAGUGUGAAUUAUUGUGUGGAUUAUAAUUAAUGGACAUUUUUGUAUGGGUUGAUACAUUUCUCCUUAGGGCAAAUCAAGUCUGAAAUUUAAAAAAGCAUUUAAAAAAUAAAAUUCAGUACACAUUUUCAUUCCCUGCAGUGCAGGAACAUUCAGCAACAAAUUGAGAUCUUACAUCGGUAUAAGCCUCUGAUUUGAAACCAGCUAUCCAAAAUACCCAUACACAUGUCCCAUUGUGCUCUGCUUUAAACAGAGAAUGAAAGAGGCUCUAGUGGCUGAAAAACUGUAUUAGCAUGGGCAGUGCCAUUGAGGGCUUCCACCAUUUUAAUGUAGUCAACUGGGUGGGAGUUCCAACUUCAUUGGCUGAUCCCUGUUGGUGACCCUGUUGGAGUCAUGUCCAACCGGGUCAUCAGGAGGGAUCAGCCCAUCGUGAAGAAGAAAAUUGACUAAGCCUCAAUGGUGCUGCCACAGACGCUAUAAUUGUGAAUAUACAAAGAUCUAUCUAUCUUUCUGGUUUUAAAUCCAAAUGUGUGAAUCACUAUGUACAUUACAUAAAGUGUAAAUCAGAAGCACAGAAGCUAGGACACAAUAGUCCGGUGUCCCAUUGUGACAUAGCUAGACUCCCAUCCACAGGGGACGCACAGACUGAAUGCACAACUAACCACAAUUCCCAACCAAUGCGUCUCUUGGUACGCAUCCUCUAAUCAUUUGAAUCUGUUGACAGUUGGAGAAAUUGCUUUUGCUGCACUGAGAAUUCGAAAAGUAUAAAACCCAACGGUCCAAUAUUCUAGA